UAAGGACUACAAAACAAAAAUAUAUCUCCUGUCAUUUUUAAUCUCAUUCAACGUGAGCGAGCAGAGCGCGCACCCGCAACGUGAUGCGCGGCUGCGUGGACGCGCGAUGUGUGCGGGACAUUGAGUUUACUGACUGACGUAGAGAACAGGUCCGUACUUCAGCCGGUUAUGCUAUUAUCACACUUCAAAUUGUUUCUCUCCAUCCUGUAACCUAUAAUGACAAGAUGAUUUUGACUUCAGGCCUGUCAUGGUGUUCACAGAAAAUUCCAUGGACAAAGAUGAUAAUUUGACUUUAAUAUCGUGCCACAAUAGAUCUAAUAAGAGUCUUAGGGUUAGCUAAGAGAGAAUGAGACAAGGUUGAGGUUUCAUGGUACAUAUAUGCUAGUUAAAAAAUAUGUAUAGUGCACAGUCAGUUGGCCAUGCUGAGGCUAGUCCAGUGCAUUCCCCCAAUCUCCAUUCUUCUCCUAGAAUCAGUCACAGACGAGUAAAUGCUGGCAGAAGAGGAAGCGAAUGUGAAGGUGGCAGAAAGACUCUUUCUAUGGAGAAUAUCCAGUCCCUCAAUGCUGCCUAUGCAGCCUCUGGCCCUGUCUAUGUGAGUGACCAUGAGGCUCUAGCCUCCACUGCUUACCCAAAAGGCACUAUGACAUUGGGCCGCAGCACAAGCCGUGGAAAAUCUGCCAUAAUGGGCAGUACCCCCAACAUCAGCUCUUCCUUGGGGCAUCUUCAUUUAGAUUCAGUAGCAUAUGGAGAUCAUGGUGCCGUGUACCUCCUACCACAACACCAAUGGCCUUCUUCACCACUGUUGAGACAAGCUGUGCGAAGUAUGGCCAGAAGAGAAGGAAAUCCCCUGAUAGAGCACUUAAAGGAAUUGCAAAUGGAUAACACCCUGUUACGGAGAGAGCUAGAUGUGAGAGACAGCAGUCUUGGCUCUUCAGUCAACAGUUUAAAAACCUUUUGGAGUCCUGAAUUAAAGAAGAAACGAGGGGUGAAAAAAGACAGUGCUGCAAAGACCUCCACAGUGAAGGAGAAGAUGAAUGUUAUGAAAGACAAAAACCAGAUGGCCAUCCAGGCUUUACAGGAUGAGCUUUGCACCCAGAGAGACUUGAAUGAUGUCCUGCAGCAAGAGAACAGUGCAAGCUCAUUAGGUUCACCUCCUGACUGUUUCACUUAUCUGGAACCCACUCAAGACAACUUCCAUUUUCUCCAGGCUGAAAAUGAACAGCAAACAAAGGAGCUUUUCCUUCUUAGGAAAACUCUGGAAGAAAUGGAGCAGCGCAUGAAAAAACAGAAGCAGACACUGAGUACCCGGGACGAAUCUAUCAAAAAGUUGCUGGAGAUGUUUCAGGAAAAAGUUCCUACCAGGUCUGGGCUGCCCGAUGAAGAAAGACAGAGAGUCUGCCAUGCCGAGGACAGGCUGGGUCAUCUGGGGGACAUCCUAGAGCUGAAAGAGAAGGAAAAUAAACACGUAAGAGAGGACACCAAAAUUUCUUCACUGGAGCGAAACAUCCGUGAACUGGAAGAUGAGAUCCAGAUGCUGAAGACCAACAGUUUCCUGAACACAGACAACAAAGAUGAGAGGCUCAAGCAGAGUGAUGUUUACAAGAACCACUCCAAAUUCAUGAAGAGCAAGGAUAGGUUUAACUCACCAGUAUGUCUGGCAACUCAACAAGCAACUACUUGCUCGCUCAACCAAACAUACCUGCUCCCUCAGCAACAGAAGAUUUCAGAGCAAAUGAAAAUUGAUCAGCUGAAGCAGGACUUAUCAAAAAAAGAGUCAGAGAUGUUGGCCCUGCAGACUCAACUGGAGACUUUGACCAAUCAAAAUUCAGACUGUAAGCAGCACAUUGAGGUUUUGAAGGAGACCAUUACAGCAAAAGAGCAAAGAGCAACAAUCAUGCAGACAGAGGUUGAUGCCCUAAGGCUGCGUCUGGAAGAAAAGGAGUCCUUCCUGAAUAAAAAGAGCAAGCAGCUUCAGGAUGUAACAGAUGAGAAGGGCAUAUUAACUGGAGAAAUACGUGACCUGAAGGAUAUGCUGGAGGUGAAAGAGCGCAAGAUCAUUGUGGUGCAGAAGAAGAUUGAAAACCUACAAGACCAGUUGAAGGAUAAGGAUAAGCAGUUGGCCUGUUUGAAGGACAGAGUGAAGUCUCUACAGACAGACUCCAGCAACACAGACACAGCCCUUGCCACUCUUGAAGAAGCCCUCUCUGUAAAGGAGCGAGUGAUAGAGGAGCUCAGGGAGAAGAGAGAAGACUGGGAAAUGCAGGGGGAAAUGGAAGUCUGUAAGAAGGAGAACAAGGAGCUGAAGGACAAGAUUACUUCCUUGCAGGCACAGCUCUUGGAGAAAGAGAGCCUGCUACAUGGAAAAUCAUUGGCCCCUGAAAGACAAGAGUCAUCACAAAUGAAUUCAGAGAUCUUAGAGCGAUUAAAAGCCAUUGAAAAAGAGAUGAUCUACCAUAAAGAGGAAUCUGGAAAAUCUAAGGCAGAGGUGAACAGACUUUUGGAAGUUCUUAGAGAGCUGGAGACAGAGCGCACUGAAAAGGACAGGAUAAUCUCUGAACUAGAGAGACAAGUGAAGGAAUGGAGUAAGGAAACCCUGUCAAGUGUUAAACCCCCCCAGAUGGGAGAAACAAAAACCCCUACGUCAGCAGAGGCUCAUGUUACCCAAGCUUCAGCGCAAGAGACGGCUGAGAAAAUCAAAGAGCUGGAGAAAGCUCUGCGAGAAAGCAUGAACACCUCUACUCAUAGAGAGGCUUUGUGGGUUCAGGAGGAGCAGGCACAUGCUCUAGCACAGAGACAGCUGGAAGACCUGAUGGCUGCAUUGGAGAAGACAAGACAAGAGCUGGAUGUGACAAAACAGCAGUUGUCCUCCACCCAAAAUUCUCUUGCUGAGAGAGAAACUCACCUGAGCAGCAUGAGGCAGGAACGUCGAAAACAACUGGAGGAAAUACUUGAAAUGAAGCAACAAGCCCUGUUGGCAGCCAUCAGCGAAAAGGAUGCUAACAUAGCCCUGCUAGAACUUUCUGCUACUAAAAAGAAGACAAGCCAAGAGGAGGUGAUGUCCUUGAAAAGAGAAAAGGACAGGCUCAUGUACCAGCUCAAGCAGCAGACCCAAAGUAGGAUGAAGCUCAUUGCUGAGAAUUAUGAAGACGGUCACUUUUAUACCCAUCAUCCUCAUCACACACACCACGGUCAACCUGAACACACUCAUUAUCACAGAUCAUCAAGAGGGCUGUCCACUCACAGCAAUCCUGAACCUGACCAACCUGAGCAACCUGAGCAGGAUGACGAAGAAGGCAUUUGGGCAUGAUUAUUGGUACGGCCUGGACUGCUGCUCCUGUUCAGUUCAAAAGGGAAAUCUAACACUGAAGCUCUAUCUAUCACUGCACUAUCUCAUCCUUAUCUCUGCGAGGAGGGUCUCAUCUUUAACCCGGCGGAUGGGGAGGGGACUGGGAGAAAGAAAAUACAGAGGAGAGGAGUGAAUGAUCAGAAGGAAGUGGGCAGAAAUCGCUGACAGAUGCUGCUCUUCUCAUCAGCUGCUCCUCUUCUGCUUCCUCACUGACGCUCCUCAUCACUACUUGUACCAUAAUUGGGCUCUUUCACCGCCAUCAUUUACUCCAUGCACACAACAUAUACAUCGAUAUCCUCCUCCAUAACAUUUCCAGUGCAGCUAUUGCUUUUUAUUGCAUUAUUUUUGGUGUUAUGAGUAUUGCUAUGAAUAUUAACGUAAAUGUGAUAAUAGUUAUUAGCAUAUGAAAUGUUUUUGUUGUCCUUUUAUCCUGUUUUAUAAGAUUUCAAUGAAAAAAUCUUCAGUAUAUAUAUUUUUUUUUGUUAUUGAAUGUUAUUAAAUGUCUAAUACAGUAUUCUGUUUCUCUACAAUAUCCCAUAGAAGCACUUGUUAAUGAUUGCAUGCUUAUCCAAGAUUCACAUCACUGUUGUCUUUGAAGUCCGACAGAGUGGUGAUUCAUCUAGUGAUUCAUGGUGACAUAACAAACAGCAGCAACGUCUUAUAAGUCAUCAUUAAACAUCGUUAGUUUUUUCCCUGCUUUACCCAGAUCAAACUUAGAGGAAUAUAUCUUACUUUUCUUCAACAGGCUGAAAAGCAAUCACAUCUUACCUGUGUGUUUACCUUUGACAGUUAUAUGUUGUUGCUUUUCAGGGAUCUGCUAAAAGAAACAGUACUAUAACUGCUUCGUAAUGAGGGUAAGGGCUUACUAAAUCACUGACCAGACCCUUAAACUUUGACCUCUGGCUGUAAUGUCCUUAACAGUCUCAGUACCUGAAGCCAGAACAGUGAAAAAGGAAGGAAAUUGUAAAUAGGGUGUUUAAUCUUUACACAAAAUUGUGCCAAAAUAUCCUUUUUGUGAGUAGUAACUCCAUGUGAUUGAUUCUGUGGGCUAAAGAACAAACAGGAAGCAUGACGAGCUAAAAAGUUACAGUAUGUGUAAGCUUAGAAAUGUUCAAUUUUGUGUACAACUGAAGGUUAUACACCGUAUGUAUCCACAGUGCUUUGAAAUUGAGGAAUAUUUCUGUUUGCACAUUUCCAUACCAAAAGUAAAGUUAGCCAAAUGAUAAAAGCACACGUAUACAGCUUGUGGUUUAAACCAUGGCCUGGUUAACUUUAUUUAUAAAACCUAGUUCUAGCUUACUAGGAGCUGUUGCUUUGAGAAGCUGCAGUGAGUAACAUGGAUAGUUUAAUUUCUCAGAACCAGAUGCCACACUGUGCCUUUUCCCCCCCGACACUUGUACAGUGAAAUCAGAGGACACAAUAACGUAAAAUGUAUUUCAGAUUUUGUUCAGACUCAACCGAAUGUUGAACUUCAGAACCGCAAGUCAUUGAGGAAUGCUUAGUACAAUUCGGAAAACAGUCACUUUUAACUGUUAUACAAAAACAUUUAAUAAAAUGAUGGUUGUGUCUGUUCAUCUGUUAUUGAUCAGUUGAAAUCUGAAAGCUUUUGCUAUAUUUUGUGUGUGUGUGUGUGUGUGUGUGUGUGUGUGUGUGUGUGUGUGUGUGUGUGUGUGUGUGUGUGUGUGUGUGUGUGUGUGUGUGUGUGUGUGUGUGUG